AUGGCUUACAUAGCCAAGUCCUUCUACGACCUUAGUGCCAUCAGCCUGGAUGGGGAGAAAGUAGAUUUCAAUACAUUCCGUGGCAGGGCAGUGCUGAUUGAGAAUGUGGCCUCGCUCUGAGGCACCACCACCCGGGACUUCACCCAGCUCAACGAGCUGCAAUGCCGCUUUCCCAGGCGCCUGGUGGUUCUUGGCUUCCCUUGCAACCAAUUUGGACAUCAGGAGAACUGUCAGAAUGAAGAGAUCCUGAACAGUCUCAAGUAUGUCCGCCCUGGGGGUGGCUACCAGCCCACCUUUACGCUUGUCCAAAAGUGUGAGGUGAACGGGCAGAAUGAGCAUCCCGUCUUCACCUACCUGAAGGACAAGCUCCCCUACCCUCAUGAUGACCCGUUUUCCCUCAUGACCGAUCCCAAGUUCAUCAUUUGGAGCCCUGUGCGUCGCUCAGAUGUGUCCUGGAACUUUGAGAAGUUCCUCAUAGGGCCAGAGGGGGAGCCUUUCCGGCGCUACAGCCGCACCUUCCCGACUAUCAACAUUGAGCCUGACAUCAAGCGCCUCCUCAAAGUUGCGAUAUAG